GGGGGGAGGGGCUCACCGGCAGGAGGCGGAGGUCCCGACGCCUCAUUCGGUCGUCCGCAGGCCGGAGUUGAGCCGAGUCCGGUUGAACCGAACGGAAGGUGCAGGCCUGCGGGUCAGACAGCCGCCCCGGACCGACUCGGUGCCAGUUCGUAGCCGAUCCGAUGGAGGAGCUGAGGCCUAGCGGCCCGGGCAUCGCCGCGCUGCUGCCCCCGGGAUUGCACGCUAUCUACCAAGAGUGCAGGAGGCUGUACUCGGACCAGCCGAAUCCUCUGCAAGUCACCGCCAUCGUCAAGUAUUGGUUGGGAGGACCAGAUCCACUGGACUACAUCAGCAUGUACAGAAAUCCAGGGAGUCCAACACAAGAUGUGCCUGAGCAUUGGCAUUAUGUCAGCUUUGGUUUAAGUGACUUGUAUGGAGACAAUAGAGUACACGAAUUUACAGGAGUGGAAGGACCAAGUGGCUUUGGGUUUGAACUGACUUUCCGGUUAAGACGAGAAACUGGGGAAACUGCACCUCCGACGUGGCCAGCUGAACUGAUGCAGGGUUUGGCCAGAUAUGUAUUCCAGUCAGAAAACACAUUAUGCAGUGGUGACCAUGUCUCUUGGCACAGCCCAUUGGACAACAGUGAAUCCCGCAUCCAACAUAUGUUAUUGACAGAAGACCCACAGCUGCAACCUGUCCGUACCCCCUUUGGAACAGUUGCAUUCCUCCAGAUUGUUGGAGUUUGUACAGAAGAACUUCAAGCAGCGCAGCAGUGGAAUGGUCAAGGGAUCUUGGAGCUUCUCCGGACUGUUCCUGUAGCAGGUGGCUCUUGGCUAAUCACAGACAUGCGAAGAGGAGAAACUAUAUUUGAAUCUGAUCCACAUUUGCAGGAGAGGGUGGACAAAGGCAUAGCGACUGAUGGAUCAAAUCUGAGCGGUGUGAGUGCAAAAUGUGCAUGGGUUGAUCUAAGCCGCCCCCCAGAAGAUGAAGAAGAUAGCAGAAGUAUUUAUCUUGAGAUGCAGCCACGUCGUUUGUCAGAUAAAGAUACAGAGCAAAUCAGAGAGGUCUUGCGUAGGGGCCUUGAAAUGAACACCAAGCCAAUCUUGCCACCAAUCAGUUCCCAGAAACCCCAGCAGCAAAAUGGAAUGAAUCAUGACCGAGCACAACUAGUGCAAUCAGUGGGCCAUUUCCAGAGCAAGCAGACUGAAAGGACUAGGAAAGAUAGUUUGGAGAGUGAAAGUUCUGCUGCUAUUGUUCCUCAUGAAUUGAUCCGCACCAGGCAGCUGGAGAGUGUACACCUUAAAUUCAACCAGGAAUCAGGAACUCUUAUUCCGUUGUCACUGAGAGGUAGAUUGUUACAUGGAAGGCACUUUACUUACAAAAGCAUCACAGGAGAUACCGCAAUCACAUUUGUUUCUACUGGAGUUGAAGGGGCAUUUGCCACAGAGGAACACCCAUAUGCAGCUCAUGGUCCAUGGCUACAGAUUCUGCUGAAUGAAGAAUUUGUGGAAAGGAUGUUAGAGGAUUUGGAAGACUUGGCCUCUCCAGAAGAAGUGAAACUGCCAAAGGAGUACAGCUGGCCAGAGAAAAAACUGAAAAUCACAAUUUUACCUGAAUCGGCAUUUGACAGUCCUCUCCAGUAGCUGAGAAUACCAAGACUAAAUGUUAUCUAUGUAAAAGUACCUUGCCUUUAUGUUCCACUUCUAAACUUGCAAAAAUAAUUUUGCAGUACAUAAUAGUUAUAUAAAGGAUGGCUACCUAGUCAUUGUAGUUUAAAGCUGUAUUAAAAAGUCACACUAAUGUUAAAUCUAUUCCAAUUAAACUGGAGACUUGUGUACUUUAGCUCACCAUACCUAUUAUAUUGAAGACUAGUGUGGGAGGGGAGCAAGAAAAUCAGUUGCACAUAGUAUUUUUAUAGCUUGUUGUGCCUAUCUUAUCUCUGAUGACUUAAGUGCUGAACAAGUACGGCUUACCUAAAGUUGUACUUGUCCCGUUGAUGUGUGGAUCAUGCCAAAAUUGUGUUCCGCAGCAGGUGACUUGUUUUAUUUUCAAAUUUAUUACUUUUGUACAAUUUUAUUACAAUCUUUUCAUCACAAGACUGAUAUUUUUAAAAUCAAAGUAGAGGGUUGGGCGGGGUGGGAAAUAUGAUGGGAAGUUGGAGUGACUGGGUGAAACAGGAGAUGUUCAGACACUUGCUGUUUAACUUUUUCCUUUCAUUUUGUGAUAAAUCAACUUUAUAAUCAUCUGUUUAGACACAUUUUAAUGCAUGGAAUGGUAGAUUUGUAAAGAUUAAUUAUUAGCAGUUCAAUUUUUGAUGGGUUUUUUCAUUCUCCCCACACCAUUGUAUCAUAGUCUCUAAUCAUACAGAAGGGUGCCAUUACAAAUCAACAGUAUUUUCACCUUUCAUUAAUGCAUUCCAGAUCAUAUGAAACCGCAUUAAAUAAAUUCUUCUAACCUCAUGAUUCUUUGGAUGGUUACCUUAAUCCUAUGUUCUCUAACUACUCUCCCUCCUCCUCCUGGGAACCCAUUGUAAUUUUUGAACACCUCCAUUAAUUCUCCCCUUAGUUUUUUUUCUUAAGCCCGGUUUCUCUGGUCUUCCUUCAGAGCCGAUGUCCCUCAUCUGUGGUUUUCUUCUAGCAUUUUUCAUCAGCUCCCCUCGGUUCUUGAUGUUCUUCCAAAAGUCUAGUGUGCAGACUUGAAUGCCACUCUAGCUGAGGACUAACUAAUUAUUUAUAAAAGCUUUGCAUUAGCAAAAUUUCACUUUCUGAAAUAAUUGGGAGUUGUAUGGACAAAGGAUGAGAUGUCUUGCAAUAUUUUUAUUACUAAUCCACAGAUUGGGGGUAUUGCUGGUAAGGUCAACAUUUAUUACUGAUUCUUAACUGCCCUUGAGAUGGCUGUGAUCAGCCAAUUACUGCAGUCCUUACGGUGGAGCUGCUUCUGAAGUUUUAGGAAGGGAAGUCCAAGACUUUGAACCAACAAAGUUGCAGGAAUGGAGAUAGCUCUCCCAGUUAGGAUAUGGUAAAAUGAACUUGGGGUUGGGAGGAGCGGUGAAAGUUGUUCCCAUUUUCCUUCCAAAUGUAGAAGUUGCUGAAGACUUGCAUCUUGCAGGUGGUACACACAGCGACUAGUGAUGGAGGGAGUGAAUGUUUAAGGUGGUGGAUGGGUUGACCUAUUAAUCAGUUUGGUUUAUCCUGGACUGUCUUAAGGUUUUUGAGUGUUUUUAGAGUUACACUCAUCCAGGCAAAUGCAGUCUGUUCCAUCACACUCGUUGUCCCUUGUACAUGGUUGAAAGGCUGAGUCAGGAGCUUGGUCAUUAUGAUGUGCGAAAACUUUUGAUUUAGCAGCCAUUUCUUUUACUUACCAAGCUCUUCGACAAAUACUCUAUUCUGCUUUUAACUUGAAUGAAACACAUACCUGAAAUGAUUGAUCGUCGGGAUAAUUGUUGGGUCACAAGUGUAAAUGGAAAUUAAUGUUUCAAUCAUUAUUUAAUGUAAUCAUUUAAAGAGGAUGUUGCCUUGGAUCACCUUUUAUGACAAAAGCCUAUAUGUACAGGUUGAUCCUGUAUCUGAUGACCAUUGUUUGAGCAUCAUUUUUAACAGCUGUCCUGAACAAAAUAACUUGGAGCUGCCAUGAAGUUGAAGAGAAUAUCAUGCUCCAUUCCUGGAACUGAUUUACUCCACAACGAUCCUUUCUAUGCAGCCUUUUUGAGAUUAGGUUUAUGAUGCAAAGUCCCGUAAUGCCACCUGGGUUCAAAUAUGAUUGUUUCAUGUUAGUAACUAAAAAUUAAUAAUUGUAAUUAAUUUUGUCACCAGUGUCAUCCAGGUGGUUUUAAAAAAAAAUUAGACUUGUAUUUAACAUGAGUUUGCUGACAUUAAUGGAUAAAGCCUGACUCGAUUCUGCCACAGAAGUGGUCGAAGCCACUUGUCAUAGUAGGCUAGUUAAAAGUACAAGACUUCAAUUCACUACAAUAGUAGCUUGCAAUUGGCAUUCUAGGUGAACAUUUUUGUAGUUCAUCUCUCGUGUGCAGUGUUUUGUUUUGCAUAAAUUCUUGACACUACAGAUUUAAUUGAAGACCCCCUGCAGAACAGCAGUGUAAUCCAUGGUUUUUAGAUACUAUUUUUAAAAUGAAGAUUACUAGCAGAAGUGUUUUAUAAUGUUUUUAUUGUAGUUGUCUAAUGUAAAUUUUUUCUACCUUGUGUGUGUUGCAGCUUGGCUUGCACUUUUGUAAUAUUUUUUUGUCACUAAACUAUUCCAUCAGUAAUCUGUGCAUUAAAGUAAUUUACUUGAUAAUUCAAGCUGUUUAAUUU